AAAUACACUAAAUCACAUAGUGACUUAAAAACAGAAAUGUCAAAACAAUGUGUACAUCAAUUUUAUUUUCCACCAAACAUGCAGCAUAUAAAUAAUGACACUGCAGCAAUACAUGAUCUGCCUCCUCCUCAGCUUCCUGCACACCAAGGCCCCUUUUAUUAAAAUACCAUAUUAUGUCAACUUUGCUAGAGGCUUUAAGAACAAACAAUAAUCAAAUGAAUUAACAGUAUUGUUGAUACAGGUACUGAAAGCAGGAUAGUGGUUGGUGUAUCAUAAGCUUUAAGCACACUGAGAAACACAUUUUUCCAUUUGUUUUACUAUAUUAUAUAAAAAUGUUCAAUAUUUGCAUUGCUGUGGUAAAAGUCAAGGAAAGCACUAUUAGUUCCCAGUGUUCACCUGGAUUCAUCUGGUCUGAUUAUUAAAUAAAAACUGCAGGAAUUUAGAUUUUGUGCACUCUGGAUAUACAGUCUGUAUUAACAGCUAACCAAAUAUUAUUCAACAGGACAAGGACAAGUAUGUUGUGUAAUAUUUGAUUUCCUGUGUAGUGAUACGAGACAAAGCAGGAAAACAUCUGCAGACUUUUCCAUGUACUAUACGCACACACACACACACUACCCAGAUACACUCUCUCUGACCCCUCUGAGCUCAGGACCUCACGCCCCCUCCAUCCUCUGACAGGACGAGCUCUGCUAUGAUGACUUAUUCUGUGAGAUGCUUGUCCAAAAAUAUGCAUAAUAUUGCAUUUGUCCAAUCCAGUAGGUGUUUGGCAUAUUUGGUGACCUGUGGGUCAGCGAUGUCAGUUGAGGGACCUGCUCUAGCAAUAGUUUUAGAGAAAGACAAUUACAAAUACAUAGUUACAUUUGUAUAGUAUGACAGCUGCUACUUAUACAACACCCCAAAAAAUGUUUUGAUCCACUUCCUUGACUUGCUUUUAGGAUUUUUGAUCUUUUUCUGAACCACAACAAGUGAGGGAUGUGAUCAGAUGAAUACCCCUCACACACAAACACACCCCUCUGCUCCCACCCCUGCUCUGUAAUGUAGAGCUCAGCUGCUCCUCUAUGCUAUUUCCCACAAUAACGUCCCAGGUCGACACACUGACUGUCAUUUUGACUCUGAUCCCUGCACUCCUCUCUCUCCCUCCUUCUGUCCCCAGGCACCCGGACCGGACCGAGGACCGACACCUUCUGGUUUCGGACUCUGUCAUCAGAACUGAUCGAUCAGACAUGAGGAGCGGCAUCAGAGGAGGUCCAGUGAAAAUGCAGAAGAUGUUAAUUGAGCUGAUGGUGCUAGCGGGAGUCCUUGGUUUGAGUCACGGUGCCAUUCAGAGACCUGACUAUGAUGACACACCCAACCCGGAGUUCCUCAACCCGUCCUGGAUGGCCAGCAUCCCUGAUGAUCAGCUGCUGUCUGAGGUCACCAUGCCUGGGACCCACAAUACCAUGGCCCUGUACGGCGGUGUGUAUGCUGAGUGCCAGACCUGGAGCCUGGCCUCCCAACUCCGAGCCGGCAUCCGCUUCCUAGACGUCCGCGUGCGUCACGUCAACGGGAACCUCACAAUUCAUCACGGGGUGUCUUAUCAGCGGGCGCACUUUGGCCAGGUGUUGGAGGAUGUGGCUGAUUUCCUUCGAGAGCAUCCCAGUGAGACUGUGCUGAUGCGUGUAAAGGAGGAGUUCAGUGAGACGUAUGACAUCUACGGUGCUGUGGUGGACUUCAUCCAUCGCUACGCUCACUGGGACCUGCUGUGGCACAGCCGGCUUGUGCCAACCAUGGGAGAGGCCCGGGGGAAACACAUCGUCCUGCAAGACUUUUCUGGGCCAGACUUGGGGAUGCGCUAUGGUUCCCUGGACAUAGCCGAUGACUGGAAGGUACCCACCCUUCUGCAUGUGGAGGAGAAAUGGCAGAGCGUCUAUGAGCACCUGGAGGCGGCACCUGCAGGAAACAAAGCCCAGAUUUUUCUCACCUACAGCAGUGGAGCUGGUGUGUUUGCGUACCCCAGAGCCGUCGCUCAGCGCAUCAAUGCACAACUGUACGACUACCUGAGGGCCAAGACGGACCUGAACCAGCGCCUUGGAAUCAUAUGCAUGGACUUCCCUGCUGCUCCUAUUAUUCAAAUGAUCAUUGACUUCCAACUAAAAGAGGUCAGAAAGAGAAGACAGGCCUUUAACCCAGUCUCUAGCAAGGCAAGUUUGAAAUAUACUAUUUCUUCACUGAGAAAGAAGAUGAUAAAACGUUUUGCUGUUAAUGUCUGAGACAAAAUCAGACACCUCUGCUUCAGACAGCAGACUGGUCAAUGACUGUAAAAUCAAUUAGGCAUCACUAUGAACAUGAUUUAAAUUAUACCUCAGAUGAAAUUUUUUUAUUGUGUCAUUCACCAAAGACACUGGGAACAAAAUAAAUGUCACAUAAAAUUAAAUCAGAAAUGGCAACAUGUGAAAAUGUGAAAAUAAACUACAGUGGAAACUGCUAAAGUGCCUUA